AAUAGAUGGUAUACAAAACGAUACCCCUGAAAUAACUUGGUAUUCCAACAGAGAUCACAUGAAUUUCUUUGAGCUAUAAAUUCAAGCAUUCUCUCACUUUAUUUUCAACACAUAUCUUGAAUAUUUUGAGUUCAUCACACAAUUCUGCAUCCAUGUCUAACUCAUUUCCAAUUCUUGGAUCCUUUCUCCUCUUCUUGUUCGCCAUUUCAGGUGGAAGUUUGAGGCCUGUAAAUGGACAAGCACCUGGACAGAGAGUUUGGUGCAUUGCAAGGCCAUCGACAUCAGAUCAGGCACUGAUAGAUAACAUUGAGUAUGCAUGUGACAUAGUAAAUUGUAGCAUGAUCCAACAAGGAGGGCCCUGCUUUUACCCUACUAGUCUGAUAAACCAUGCCUCAGUUGUAAUGAAUCUUUACUACCAGAAAAUGGGAAGACACUACUGGAAUUGUGAUUUCAAGAAUUCUGGUCUCACUGCUGUCACUGAUCCAAGCUAUGGUGACUGCAAAUAUGAGUGCUAAUUUGGAAGGAUACAACAUUUUCUAGGAUAUUUUCUAUUACUACUUUUUUCAUCAUUUUGCGUUCUGAAUAAGUAGUUGUAAAGAUUCUAUUUACUUUCAUGCAUUUUAUAUUAAUAAAAUUGUAGUUAAGGAACU